GUGAAUGCAUUGAUCACUUACUCAUCUAUCCUCUUAAUUGAAAAUGUGAAGGGACAAAAGCACUCCUCAAAAGCACUUUGCACUGGAUUCAUUCGUAAGCAAUGAGUUGAGUUUUACCUCCCAUUGCUAUUGCAGGAUGGUAAUGUGUUAUAAUUGUGGGAGUCUGGAUUUAACAGUCUGAUACUAAGAAACAUAAUUGUUUAGGUCACUGAUAUAGCAGCAGAUAUGGAAGCAAUGCUUGAGGCCAAGGCACUGUGUCCAUUGACCCCAUUUGUUCUUUUGGAUUUUUUGCAAACCAUUAUUCAUGUGUUCAAUGCUAAAAAGAUAUGCAAGUAUCUUAAUAAAUCUUGCUUGCGAGGGUUCUGCUAGGCUGUGAUGCCAAAGUCAACUUAGCAACUUGCUUUUCUUUUUAUUUUAUAUUAUAUUAUACCUUACUAAAUGCCACUAUAUGCUGUCAUGUUCCUUAAUUUGCGCUUCUUCUAAGUGCAGAGACAGAAAGAGAGAGAGAGAACUGGCAAUGGCAUCAAUGCUGUUACUUAUUGUGGUCAUUGGUCUUCACUUCAUUGCUUUUUCACUAGCAAUUGCAGCUAAGCAGAGGAGAAGUACUGUCAAGGUUGCCACUUUUCACGAGGAAUUGGCCUACGAUUUUGAAUUAUUUUAUCAGUACUGCCACUACAAUUCAGACAUUGCAACUCUUUUGGGACUUCGUGCAUUUGCUUUACAUCUGAUAACUCAAGUACUUACAAUGGGUGUGGAAAUGCAGUUGAAUAUUAAUCAGUGAUGAUUUAUUGAUAUGAAUUCUGAAAUUAUUGAAUAUGAGUGAUCUUGUUAUAUA